GGGGCGGGGCGCGCCGGGGAGUCGGGGCGCCAGCCGCCGGUUUCGAUUAGUACGCGGAGCCGCGGCGGCUGAGCAGGGCGCGGAGCCCGGCGGGGAGGCGGCGGGCGGCGGGCGGCGGCGGCGGGGCUGCGGGCGCGCAGAGGCCGGCCGCUGGCCGCGAGGGCGCGGAGAGCCAGGCGGAGCGCGGAGCCACGGCCGCCCGGACCACGGAGCCCGGGCACCGCAGCGCCGGCAGCCGCGAACGCGUCCCGGGCAGCGCGCGGACGAGGGCGCGCGGGCGGGGGCGCGCAGGUCCUGCCCGCCCCUUCCGUCCCCACCCCCCUCCGCCCCUUCCUCUCCCCACCUUCCUCUCCCCCCCUGCGCCCCCGCGCCGGGCGCCCACCCUGUCCUGCUCUUGCGGGAGCGCUAUCCGCGGCGGCGGCCGGAGCGGGCCGGGCCGGGCCGGGCCGGGGGAUGGCGCUGCUGGACCUGGCCCUGGAGGGAAUGGCCAUCUUCGGGUUCAUCCUCUUCUUGGUGCUGUGGCUGAUGCAUUUCAUGGCCAUUAUCUACACCCGAUUACACCUCAACAAGAAGGCAACAGACAAACAGCCAUAUAGCAAGCUCCCGGGGGUGUCUCUUCUAAAACCGCUGAAAGGAGUAGAUCCUAACCUAAUCAACAACUUGGAAACAUUCUUUGAACUGGAUUACCCCAAAUAUGAAGUCCUCCUUUGUGUACAAGAUCAUGAUGAUCCAGCCAUUGAUGUAUGCAAGAAGCUUCUUGGAAAAUAUCCAAAUGUUGAUGCUAGAUUAUUUAUAGGUGGCAAAAAGGUUGGCAUUAAUCCUAAAAUUAAUAAUUUAAUGCCAGGAUAUGAAGUUGCAAAGUAUGAUCUUAUAUGGAUUUGUGAUAGUGGAAUAAGAGUAAUUCCAGAUACACUCACUGACAUGGUUAACCAAAUGACAGAGAAAGUAGGCUUAGUUCAUGGACUGCCUUAUGUAGCAGACAGACAGGGCUUUGCUGCCACGUUAGAACAGGUAUAUUUUGGAACUUCCCAUCCAAGAUCCUAUAUCUCUGCCAAUGUAACUGGUUUCAAGUGUGUGACGGGAAUGUCUUGUUUAAUGAGAAAGGAUGUGUUAGAUCAAGCAGGAGGGCUUAUAGCCUUUGCUCAGUAUAUUGCUGAAGAUUAUUUUAUGGCCAAAGCAAUAGCUGACCGAGGCUGGAGGUUUGCGAUGUCGACUCAAGUUGCAAUGCAAAACUCUGGCUCAUACUCAAUUUCUCAGUUUCAGUCCAGAAUGAUCAGGUGGACCAAAUUGCGGAUCAACAUGCUUCCUGCUACGAUAAUUUGUGAGCCAAUUUCAGAAUGCUUUGUCGCCAGUUUAAUUAUCGGAUGGGCAGCCCACCAUGUAUUCAGAUGGGAUAUUAUGGUAUUUUUCAUGUGUCAUUGCCUGGCAUGGUUUAUAUUUGACUACAUUCAACUCAGGGGUGUCCAGGGCGGUACACUGUGUUUUUCAAAACUUGAUUAUGCAGUCGCUUGGUUCAUCCGUGAGUCCAUGACAAUAUACAUUUUUUUGUCGGCAUUAUGGGACCCUACUAUAAGCUGGAGAACUGGUCGCUACAGAUUACGCUGUGGAGGUACAGCAGAGGAAAUCCUAGAUGUAUAACUACAGCUUUGUGACUGUACAUAAAGAAAAAAAGAGAAGUAUUAUAAAUUAUGUUUAUAUAAAUGCUUUUAAAGAUCUA